GGCGGGCCCGGGAGGCGGGGCGCGGGCGGCGGGGCCGGCAGUCACCCGGCGAGCCCCUGGGGGCCGGCCCCGGGGAGCGGCUGCGGCGGGGGACGCGGCCGGCUGAGGUUACCCUUGGCCUUUUGCAUGGAUGGCUUCAGGGGUUGCUCCAAGAAUAAGUAAUGAAGUGGAAGUCAAUUGAAUCCUCUUGCGCACUACUGAGACGAAAUGACAUUCACGUUUGUGGUGAUUGGAAGUCAUGGCAGCAUCUAACAUGGGAGGGAAGGACACGGACGGACAAUGUGGCGUGACUCGUGCAGACUGCAGAUCUUCUGCCUGCUUAUGGCAGUGCUGGCUGUUGUGGUGCUGGUCCAUAACUUUUUUCAGUUAGAGGGAUUUUUUUGGUCUUAGAGAAAAGGGCUCUGGCAGAGCUUCAAGUGUGAAGUGAAAAGUGCAGCAUGGGUGGUUGCUCUGUGCUGCUGCUUGCCACUAUUCCUGAGAAGUAUCUGUGUGGCUUUGUUGACGUUUACCUAUCUGAUAUUCCAAAGGCACACCUGGAUGAUGACACGGUUUCAGGGUCAAAUUGGAUAACGGAAAACAAUGUCCAGCGUUCUCUGUCACAGACAACCAAAACUACCAGGAAGCCUUACUGUGGCUAUAAGCAGCAGACUUUGUCCAAAAGAGACCAGGCGGAACAGGAAUCGUUGCUUGCUGCAAUACAGUGGCCCAAACCCCCUGACGGCAAAAUUGCCUUUGUACAGAGCACUGAUCCCACACAUAGCGACUUUGUGAUUGUGAAACCCAGUGGGUUCUUCAAGGUGGGUGAUCAGUUAGAGGUACUCGUUCGCAUGAAGAAUUUCCAAGGAAAACCCAAGCAGUAUGGCGGAGACUACUUACAGGCACGAAUUCACUCUCCUCUGCUGAAAGCUGGAGCAACAGGAAGGAUUGUAGAUUGCCAGAACGGCAUCUACAAAGUCUUCUUUACCUUACUUUGGCCAGGAGAGGUCAAAGUUUCCGUGUCACUUGUCCAUCCGAGUGAAGCAAUCCAAGUCCUCCUGCGUUUACGAGAAGAAAGGCCAGACAGGGUCUACUUCAAAAGCUCAUUCAAGUCUGGGAGGUAUUCGGAAACCACAGAGUGCAAUGUUUGCUUGCCUGGAGAUCUCCCGGUCUGUAACUUCACAGAUCUCUACACGGGUGAGCCGUGGUUCUGCUAUAAGCCUCGAAAACUGCCCUGUGCCAGCCGAAUCAGCCAUGCCAAGGGUGGAUAUCAGAAAGGUCUUCUGACACAAGAGGAAAGCCUCUUUUUCCAAAGCGAUGUGAAUAUCAAAAAGCCAAUACUGUCCAGUGGACCUGAUUCAGUGAUUGUAAAGCCCAAGGUAUUUACAGAUUCAAGCAGUAUGGACAGAGCUGAAGAUCCCACGGUUUCCCCUUCUGGUUAUUACCAUGAAGACCAGUGGAGGUCCAGAAUACACUGGAUCCAUCAUUUUAACAAGUCAGAUGAUAUAACCAAAUGCUUACAAGGAAAAGUAAUCCACUUGUUUGGAGACUCCACAAUAAGGCAGUGGUUUGAAUAUCUGACAGCAUUUGUCCCAGAUCUGGUGGAAUUUAACUUGGGGAGUCCAAAGAACGUGGGCCCUUUCAUGUCUGUGGACCUGAAGCACAAUAUUCUACUGAAGUUCCGCUGUCAUGGGCCACCCAUUCGCUUUUCAACGGUCUUUAGCAGUGAGCUGCGCUACAUUGCCAAUGAACUGAAUGGCAUAGUGGGUGGGCGAAACACGGUGAUAGCCAUAACGAUAUGGUCCCACUUCAGCACUUUCCCUGUGGAAGUGUAUAUCCGGCGGCUGAGGAACAUUCGGAGAUCAAUUAUUCAGCUGCUGGGUCGCAGCCCCAAGACUUUAAUCAUCAUCAGAACUGCUAACGUUCAGGAGCUGGGGCCAGAAGUGAGCCUCUUUAACAGUGACUGGUAUUCCUUUCAGCUUGAUUCUGUCAUGAGGAAAAUGUUCUCAGGAAUUCCUGUGCACUUUGUGGAUGCUUGGGAGAUGUCUCUGGCUCAUUACUUGCCACAUAACUUGCACCCAAAAGAAGUCAUUGUUAAGAAUCAAAUAGAUGCAUUUUUAUCUUAUGUGUGCCCUCUGCAAACUUAGCACAAAUGGGUAUCCCGACGUCAUCUUUCGCUAUAGCUGAGGUAAAGUUGCUCUUUGUCAGAGCUGUCAAAUGAUGCUGGGUGGUGGAGAAGGACUCUGGUUAUUGUACUUGCCUGCAUUGUAAGUGGGGUGGCCUUAACUCUGCGUGGCUGUGAAGGGUGGCAAAGAGGAGCUGACUGUUCAGGCCGUACGUAUCGUCCUGCAAGGUUGACUCCUUUCAACCUUAGUGUUCAUACCUGAGAUUAUUAGACAGCACCUUAUAUUAAAUAGGCAGGAUUCAAUAAGAAAUCAUGCAGGUUAUUAGCUUUACUAGUUGGCUGCACUGUAUGCUUAACUUAAUCCAUAUGACACUGAUGCUGUUGCCAGGUUCUGGCUGCUUACAAAUGUGUGGGAAACCUGGGAAAGAUUUUUGGGAGCAGUCUUUCUUUCAGUGCUCCAGAGUUUGAGAGACAUCCCCUCCAGUCGUAUGUCAGAGAAGUACAGUGUCUGUUUUUGUUUCAAAGUCCUAAUGAGAAACAUGAAGGAAGUGCACCAGAAUCAUUAACAUCAGUCAAGGAAGCACAAUUAAGAUACCUGUAGUAUUAAGUCAUCAUCAAUUUGCUGAAAUGCAAUAGAGCACCCUAGUUAGGCACCCUUGGUGUUUACAGAUGGCUGCUAAAUAAUAGUAUUUUAGUUUGGUUUCCUCUACUACUGAAUCUCUUCUGAGCUUUGAUAACACAGUCUACUACUUGAUUUACCUGUAAUGGAGAAAUGUGUAUAUUGUGACCUUAGUGAAGACACUGUCUCAGGCAGUGCCUGCAAGUUCAGGUUGCAGGCUCGCCUGCUUGAAGCAUUUACUAAUGAAAGUGUUUCCCUUCCCUGUAAGAUAAAGCUAUUCCGUUAUGCUCCUGCAAAGCUGGACUUCUGGUAUAUACUGCUGUACAUCAUUCAUACGUUGUGUCUGUAUGGAGAAGCCAAGUGACCUCAAUGGGCUUGACGAUGUUUGGCAACGGGUAACAGUGACUGGUACGCGGUAGUGUCAAGGCCAUGCAACGAUCCCCCUUCCGUGUUUGGCAGUUUCAUCAUUUAUUCGUGAGCUUUGCUGCUGCCAAUACAAAAGGUCAAAAAAAUCAUUCCCCAAAGCCACGCACGCUCAGGGCUGCCCUCAGUACCGAUGGUAUUUGCGGCUGUGCUGGUGUGGGAGCUGCUGGAUCUUGGGCCUCUUGGCAUGGCAUCUUCUGCUGCUAACUUGAUUGAGCCCAUCUAUAGUUUUAAGUAGUAGUGCUUUGGAAACAAGCUUUGGCUAAACUCAGCCCCCAAAUUAAACAGCAGAGAAGCGUUCCAUGUUGCCUUAUUUCUGGUCCCACUCAGGCCAAAGGUUUCUUUACCAGGGGCUUUACAGAGAAAUAUGUGCAAACAGUAGUGGAGCGCUUCUGGAGCUGCUCAUCAUGCUUAAGGGGAAUGCUGAAGUUGAGUCUUUGUGAGCAAACAGAGAGGAUUGACAAGGCAGGCUGGUAGGCUGCACAGUGGAAUAAUUGAAAUGCCUUCGUCUUAGAAACGUUUUACUCUGCCAGGUUUGCUGCUACGUUAGGAGGAUUUUGCUCUUAACUGCUGGAGGCCCCAGAGAGCUAAUACUGCCAGUUACAGGAAUGGUUUUUUUUUUUUUUGGUGAUUUUUUAAAUUAUUAUUUUAAACUGAGAACUGUUUUAAAAACAAAUGUAAAUGCUUUUAGUAUGUAAAAGCUGUCAGUAGCAUCAAUCUAUAAACUUACCAAUUCUGAAAUGUUUAAAAAGGAUGGGAGGAGUGGCAUACACUGAAAUGGCAUUCUUUCUCAGCUUUUCAAGUUGGAAUUAAGGCGGUCCAGAUUGCCAAUUCCUAUGGACAGCUGCAUCGUGUGGUGUCUGCCUGUACAUUAGCUUUAGGUAACUAUUUCUUACUUUAAUGUGUUAAUGGGAAUUUAUUCUCUGCUAAAAAGAGACCACACCAAUUCAGCUCUGGGAAGGUAAGCCACCACAAUGCAAAGUGACCUUUCAUCUUUUCCUGGUGUGUUUUUUAAAAUACAUAGAGUAUAAGGCUUUCAUCCUGAAUAACAAAUCUAUCCAAAUAAUGUUAAUGAAAAUAAGACUUCAGACUUUUACUUUGAAGGAAACCACUUAAUUUGUGGCCUAACCAUUUGGUUUUCCUCACUAAGCCAUACCCUGUGUGGAAGCACCGUGGGGGCAUGGUUCCCUGCAUGCUGUGGUGCCCUUUGGCAGCAGCCUUGCAUCGUGCUUAGCUUACCAGGGCGGCGAGAGGAGCGUGGGGUUCUGAACGUUUUGGCAAUUCAGGGAAAGAGAAUGGGACUGUUGCUAGCAAAGCACUCUCAUCUUCUGGUAGAGCCUCUCCCAUUCAGAUUAAUUACUGUAUUCGUUAUAUUAAUUUUUUAAUAACAGAUUGACUAUCUUUUAGGUAAUGAACUUGAGGGAAAUUGCUGGCUGAUUUGGAAUGAGGAUCAGUAUUUCAUUUCUUUGGCUCUGGGAGGAGAAAGGGAGAAACUGAGGAUUUGCUCAUGUUCUAAGGUGAAGACUGGGGACACUAUGCUUUUGUAUGUCAUUCAGUUGAACCAUAAAUGAGUUUUCAUUUCUGUUCUCAUCUUGUUACCAGUUGCACCAGUUGUGUAUGUAUUGUAUAUGGAAACAUAGAAGCAAUAAAGUAUUUUUUAAAUCAG